AUGUAUUUUGCAAAACAACGUGCCAUGAGUGUAGUAUUUCUGAGUUUCAAACAAGAAGAUAUGUCAAGUGGUCCUUCAAGUUUUGCCGUAAACCAAUUGAAGAAGUUUGGGUGGUCUGAAGGCGAUGGUCUAGGAAAGAAUAAGGACGGCAUUUCCGAACCAAUCAAAGCAUCGAUGAAGUUCAGUCGAAGAGGUCUUGGAGCCGCCUACCAGACUACACAAAUUGACGAGCUUUUAUGGUCAGACGUUUACCAGGAGGCCUUAUCCCGAGUUUUCGUUCGUGCGGGUGGUUUUGACAGUUUCUCCAAUGCUUCCAUCGCACCAAAAGUCAAGUUUGUUUCAUCUGAGGAUGCUCUGAUGAACAAAUGUAUUGAAUCUCAAAAGGGGGAUCUAACUUAUCGUUGCAUUCAUCCACUUGGGCUUAUUUUGUUUUGUUUUUCAAUUCUUCGAGACAAAAAGGAGUAG